AUGUUUCGAAUACAAAACCGUCAUCAGCUUGUACUAGUUCUUAUACAGCCUAGUUCUCAGUGUAAAAAGAUCUACCUAAUGUUUUUAAACAGUUCAAGUUGGCCAGUCAGUCUUCUAUGUCGUUUUCUGCCUACAGAAUUUCGUUCCCAAGAUGUGAAACAUGACGUAAUCCGUUUCGAUGACGAUGACGGUUCCACACCAGUCGAUAGACUAGAUGAAUUUGGAAGAUUUGUGCCAUGUGAAUACAGUGUUGAAGAAUUACGAUCCCUGAAACGACGUCACAUUGGUCAACUAAAGAAUGGAAGCAUCCCUGGGGCUGUUGUGAGUGACGUAACAAGUGUCAAAGUUCAAGGACUACAAGCCACAAAAUUUUCAAGACGACCCUUGGUCUUAACUCAACAAAACUCAGUCGAUUCAACUUGGAGCAAAUCGGAGAAAUAUCUCAAUUACGCUAAACAACACAAUCUGCAGACUUCAAAUAGUCAUUACUUCAAUUCAAGCAGACAUUUAGAGAACCAAAGUAAUGUCAGGAACCCAGGAAUCGAUUGUCAGGAAUCAGAAUCAAGGAAUCCUCACGUUGACGAUAGUGCUCGAAUAAAACUAUUUAAAGAUAGUCAUAUUGAUUCGUUUAAAAACAGUAAUUAUCAAAAGUGUAAUAAUAAAAACGGAAUAAGACCGAAUUUUUGUUCCAAACUCUCGACUUCGACUUCCAGGAACUCUAGAAAAGGGUGUUCACAUAAAUAUCCGCCAAAGAAACAUUCUUUAGAUAACGGAUUUGGAUUUUUAACGCCUGAAACUAAAGCUCGACUCGGUGGAAUCCGGAAAGACUGGCAAUCAAAUUCUGAUUUGUUCAAUUCUUUAUCAUUGGAUAUUAAUGACAAUAUAAGUUUAUUGGACACCGACAUAAACUCGUUGAAUCUUCAAAGUUUUGAAUCAGGAUAUUCGUCGUUGGCGUUGGUGCCAAAACCAGGUGUGUUUUCUGAUUCCCUAUCUGAUUUAAUUGGCAAGUUUGAAAAUACUGAGCAACUCUUAUCACCCCAGCCAUCAGACAAAAUAGAAGAUUCCAAAGACACUGCAAUGGAAGUUCCAGAAGAAUUAAAGAAAUUUAGUCAUAAGUACCAAUUUCAUGAUGAGACUCUGUCCUAUCUUAAGAUCCUGUCUGAAGAUCCAAUGCCUGAUCAUAUCAAAGUACCAGUACACGAGGGUAGAGAUUGGUCUAAUAGGUUAUUGAAGAAGUUUGGGCAGGCUCCAGAAGAAUUUGAUGGGUCUGUUCGGCAGUUCAUCGUUCCCAGUAUUAAAUGUAAAGGUAUGUGUAUUAAUUAUAAAAUUUUGAAAAUGCAUAGUGACUUAUUAGAUGAAAUGAAGUCCUUGUGUUUUACGACUAAUGAAGACGUACAACGCAAUGCAGUGUGGAGUGAGGGAAACGUUGCCAGAAAAGCGGCGCUAGCCUACUCAUUUGCGAUUCCUAAAAUUCCUCAUGACCUAGAACAUGUGUUGCAUAGCGAUAUCGUCAGAUCACGGGGUGCAGGCAUUCCAGUUGAUAUAAUCCGACCUAAAACAUUACCACAAGUUCCUUCAAUUGUAAUAUAUUUCCAUGGUGGAGGAAUGGUCUUUGGUUCCAGAAAAACAACAGAUUCCUUUUGUAAAAUAUUGAGCAGAGAAGCUAAUUGUGUAGUUGUUAAUGUAGAAUAUCGUCUAGCACCAGAAAAUAAAUUCCCUGCACCGUUUGAUGAUGCUAAAUGUGUUGUAAGAUGGGUGAAAAUGAAUCUAGGAUUACUAGGUGCUGUGUUAGAAAGUAAAAUAGGUGUAGCAGGAGAUAGUGCUGGUGGUCAAAUAGCAGCUAGUGUUUCUCAUCUUAUGUCUGGAUUAGAUUUUCAGGUACUAAUAUAUCCAGUGCUAGAUUUAAACUUUAAUCAGCCAUCGAUGACAGAAUUUGAAAAUGGACCAGGAUUAACGAAACACCAGUUGGAAUGGAGUUAUAAACAGUUUUUAAAUAAAGAUGAAGAGAGAAAUGACCCGAUAGCUUCACCAUUAUUACGAUCUGAUUUUACAAAACAACCUAAGACAUUUCUUCUUAUAGCACAGAUAGAUCCUCUUAGAGAUGCUAUAUAUGAUUAUAAACAGAAAUUGAAAGAAUGUGAUGUACCUGUAACAAGUUAUUUAGUGAGGGGAGCUGUCCAUGGUUUCUUUAAAUAUCAAGGUCAUUAUAAGAGUUUAUGUGAUGAAUCAUAUCAGCAAGUGAUAGAAUUUGUCAAAUCAAUAGCUUAUUGGGAUGAAAUAACAUUAGGUGGACAGAAGAAUGUGGUAUUUUAAACUCGACAUAUCCAGUAACAUUGGUGAUGGAAAAUUAACUCAACUACUAAUGGCUACACUACAAUAAUGCAAUAACAUUCUAAGUGUAUUAAUAAUGUGUUCAUAUUUCAAAGAAAACUUUCUUAUUGUAUUGUCAUAAUAUAUUUUUGUUUAUAUUUUUAAAUAAAUUGUUGAUUUUGUAUU